AUGGGUCUGAGUCAACAAUUCGUAUUACGCGAUGGACAACCUGAAAUAAAUUUAUUUCGUAGUGAUUACAAACAAUUGGAUAAUACGCGUAGUUAUUAUAAAUUACAUACUAAAAGGAAGACAUGGCGGGAUGCUAAAGCGAAGUGUGUUUUGGAAGGUGCAAAAAUGUUUUAUCCUGAGAACAUUAUUGAAGUAGACGCGGUGUUAAAACAUAUCAAUGAAACGGGUCCGAAUAUCGAUUCGGUUUAUAUUGGUAUUUCUUCGUUAUUAACCAAAGGUGUUUUUCUUGGUGUUGAUGGCGUACCAAUAAGAAAUGUAUACAGUCAAUGGAUGGUCGGAGAACCAAACGACGCCGCUGCUGAAGACGAUUGCAUCGUUAUGAAUAAACUUGGCCUUUACAAGGACGAUAAAUGCAAUAGAAGAUUACCCUACCUUUGUAAGAAAACUAAACAUUCUUUCACAAAAUGGAAUUACGAAUGCAAUGUUCCAUUUUUGGAUUAUAAAUAUAGUAAGGAAUUAAAUAAAUGCUAUAAGUUUCAUACACAACCUAAAUCUUGGAGGUUUGCGGCGGAUAUUUGUGAAUCAGAGCAGGCGUACUUGGCGAUACCAAACAGUCAACAGGAAGCUGAUUAUUUAUCCAAAAUAACUAAUGAAGAUCCUAAAAAUUACGGUGGACGGUAUUUGAGCGGUGUAGUGCAUUUAGGAUACCGGUACAAUGAGACGCUUCAUGACUGGAUAACCCUUAAAGGCGAUACAUUGAAGCAGGCGGGCUACUCCAAGUGGUAUGUCUACCAGCCGGACGGCGGAGAGAGAGAACUCUGCGGCUCUAUGCAAUACAACGGACAACUCAACGACGUAACCUGUGAAACUAUGGAUUGCUAUUUUAUUUGCGAGAGAGACAAUGACAAUUUCAAUUUAAUUAGUGAAAUCUUCGCUAUAGAUAGGACUGAAAAGAAUUGACAAAUGAAAGCGCAGAGACAGUAAAAUUGUUUUUUAUUGUCUCUGUUUUAUUUUAAUCUCUCUCUCUCUGCCUAGCUUGCAGCCCACAAGUUGGUGGCCUCAGCUUUCCCAAUCUUUCUCUUCCACUUCGCUCUGUCCACGACAACUUUUUCCAAGAUAAUUCUAUAGUAAUUUGGCGCGAUAAGCGUUUUAAUACGGAGUUAUUACGUGAACAUGUAUAAGUUUUCAUAGAUUUGUAUUAUAAUAAUUAAGUUUAAUAUGUAAAAAAUGUAAUAUUUUUUUAA